AUGGCGGACAGAUACAUCCUGCGCAUCACGGCCGGCCCAGACUACGAUCUGGCGUCCCAUGUCGAGAUCCCCGUCAACACUGCGGAGCCGGUUCACAUCAACAGCGACAGGGCCGACAUCCAGCUCAACGUCCGCGUCAACGACUACCGGGGCCUGCCGUACGGCUCGCCCGGCACCUCGCCGUAUUUCGAGACGGAGCCGCACAAGUACAACCAGGACCAGUACAGUAUCUGCUUUCGCUUCACGCCGAAAAAGCCGGCGGCUGUGGCUCAAGCGGACGAGAAGGUGGAGGAUGUGAAGGAGGACGUGAAAGAUGAAGCCGAGGGUGAUGCCAAGGAGAACGCUGAUGAGGACGCUAGUGAGGAGGAGGACGAUGAGGAUGAAGAGGUCCUGGGCAUUUCAGGACUGGAUCUCCAGUUCGGCAACGACUUUGACCGGCCCAUUCGCGAUCGCCUCCCCCCAGGAUUCAACACAGCCAUGGGCAUCGUCCGAUGGUGGGUCGACCCGGGCCUCGACGGCGACGCCUACGCCGACAGACCCUACCUCUACGGCCCCGCGCUCAGCUCCUUCAACGCCCUGCACGUCGGCGAGGCCGAGUUCGACCCCGACAAGGGCGGCAUCUGGGUCGAGGAGGGCGGCGACGAGGAGGCGCGGGCCGGGUUCGGCGCCCCCGCCGACCGCAAGGCGAGGAUGAAGUGGGCGCUGAGCGAGGCGGCCAAGGAGACCUGGGUGUGGGAAUACGGGCGGACGUACGCCCUCGACUUCUUCAACCCGUACCUGGACUUUGCCAACCUGGCGCUGCGGCUGCCCGGCUUCCACCUGCCCAUCAUGAAGUACUGGGACGGCCAGGGUUUGCGGUCAACGCCAAAGCGCUCACAUACCCUCAGAUAUGUCCUGCGGAACCGGGCGACUGGUGAGGUGUACAUGACCGUCUGCUUCACCCUGUACCUCAAAGAGGACGUCAACGAGGAUGGGACUCUCAAGGAGGGCGUUGACGGCUCCGAGACGUCGGUUGUCGCAAAGGCUGAGAGCAGCGGAGACGAGGAAUUUGACGAGGAGGCCGCGUUGAAGGAGGCGGCGGAGAAGCUGGAGAUCAAGGAUGAAGCGGCCAAGGAUACAGCGACCAAGACGAGCUCGGAGGAUCUUGACUAG